AUGGCUUCAAACCAGGACGAUGGGCAGCCCAAGCCCGGCGAAAAGACACUGCAUGUCUGGUCGAAACCCAUAGAGCAGAACGAGGCUACGGCCAGCGGCGAGAACGGAGCGACAUCCACCAAUUCGAGGCCGACAAUUUCGGAGGCUGUGUCCAUGAUUAAGAAGGACGACUUUGCAAACGUUGCCAAUACGCCGUGCGCUCGACAAGGAUUCAUCACAGGAAUUGCUUCUGGUGCUGGUAUUGGAGGCUUGCGAUUUGUCCUCCGAGGAAACGCCACGAGUGCCGCAAACUGGGCCGUUGGAGUCUUUGUCCUCGGCAGCAUGGCUUCAUACGAAUGGUGCCAGUACCUCCGCCGCGAGGAGCGACGACAAAUGAAGCGACAUAUCGAAGUGGUAUCGGAGAACCGGAGGGAACAAGCAAAGAAGAUUUCGGAGGCGAGACAAGAGCACGCGAGGUUGGAGGCGGAGAAGAAGGCCGCAGAGAAGGCCUGGUACAAGUUCUGGUGA